AUGUUAUCUACAGCAUCUCCUAUUAUCGGGGAUGCUUCAACUGCAACAUUGAUGGCAUCUGCAGUUAAAACUACGACUACCAACACAAACUCCGCUGCUCCCUCUUUCUCUGGGUCAUCCGGUCGCUCAGCUGUUUCAGCCAAACGCCGUGGUCCACGCGAAGUGCGCUUUGGUGUUUAUGUACUUGGUGCCACUUUAGGUGAAGGUGAAUUCGGUAAGGUCAAACUCGGUUGGAGGAAAGAUAACCAACAGCCUUCACAAGCAGCUAUCAAACUGAUUCGUCGAGAUACAAUUCCACACGGGUCUGAAAAAGAAAGCAAGAUCCAUCGUGAAAUCAAUGCUUUGAAGAGACUCCGGCAUCCAAACAUUGUUCGUCUGGUGGAGGUACUACAGAAUGAUAAAUAUAUUGGAAUAGUACUUGAGUAUGCAUCUGGUGGAGAGCUAUUCGACUAUAUCCUGGAGCACAGAUAUCUCAAAGAGUCAAUGGCCUGUCGCUUAUUUGCACAACUUGUCUCCGGUGUCGACUACAUGCAUUCUAAGGGCCUGGUCCACAGGGAUCUAAAGUUGGAGAAUUUACUUUUGGACAAACACAAAAAUAUCAUUAUUUCGGACUUUGGCUUCGUCAAUUCGUUCCAUACAAAUGAUCUGAUGCGAACCAGUUGUGGUUCCCCCUGCUACGCUGCUCCCGAAUUGGUUGUUUCCAAUCAGCCCUAUCAGGGCGCCAAAGUUGACGUCUGGUCGUGCGGUGUAAUUCUCUAUGCCAUGCUAGCUGGCUAUUUGCCAUAUGAUGAUGAUCCACAGAACCCAGAUGGCGAGAACAUCGCUAGGUUGUACCACUACAUUACCACAAGCUCUUUAACCUUCCCGGAGUACAUAACCCCCACGCCCAGAGAUCUUCUUCGCAAAAUAAUCGUGGCCGAUCCAAGACAUAGAAUAUCUCUCCAUCAGGUUCGUGCUCAUCCUUGGUUGGCCCCCCACGCUCCUUUCUUAUCGGUUACUCCCGAGGAAUGGGACCGCAAUUAUAAGGCUGCUCGUAUGCUGUUCUCUCAGUCAGAUAAAGCCCAUCGUCGCUAUUCUCUCAUGGAGAAUCAUACUUCUGCGUCCCUCAUGCUUAACAAGCAUUCCAUCAAGUCGUACAGUACUCAUAACGUAUCGCAAGCUCUCUAUUCCAAUCCCGCAGCACCCCAAACGUCUCGUACUGUGGCCAUUUCUGCAUCCACUUCUUCUUUCGAGCUUAAGGCUGGCGACAACAAUAGCAGCAGUAAUACCAACAGCAUCGCCGUUAAUAUAUCAAUACCAUCCAAUACUGUUGCUAGCUCUCCUUAUGAAACUUAUCGUGCCUCGCAUCAUCGCCGGAAUGGCUCGUCUGCCAGUAUUGCUUUGCAGGCUGUUGUGGAAGCCGAUAAUGCUGAGCAUAGUCGUCGUAACAGCUUGAGCGAUGUUUCCAUAACGAACAUCGUGCACUCCAACUUGCCAUCAGCAAGAUCAAGGCCUUUCCAAAGACCUACGACAUUUGCUGCUACGAGUCAGGAGACACCAAGCGCCUCUUUUGUUCCGUUGGAUACCCUUAUUGGAACAACUGAAACGCAGGUAAACUCGGGUAUAGAGACCAUUGUGGAGGGAACAGAAAAUUCCUUGCCUUUUACCACGGUCAGCAGCCGGCCUCCACGAACUUCUUCGAAGCUGAAUAGACCAAGACCUACAUCGUACCACCCGGGUUUGAUCUCUUCCUCCCAUGUUUCGGCUCACGACUUUGCAUUCCUUAUGCCUUCUUCUAGAAUGGACACGUCAAGUGUCGGAGACAUUUCCAGAUAUAGGGAGCGGUCAUCCGCCACAAAUUCAAGAUCAUCGUCUCCUAUUAAGGACUCACAAUCGAAGCGCAAUUCUUGGUGCCAACCUAAAAUCAGCGAACCUGCUCUUGAUAUGAGUUUAGCCAAUGGCGUUCUUACUAAGUUGAGUGAACCAUCUAGGAGCGUCGUACCAGUUGAACAGAACUAUAUAAACUCAUCUUACGAAAAGCGGCGGUCUAUCGCCCUGGAUUCAUUGUCGAAUGCUAUGGAGAAUCUUUCAGUCUCCUCAGAUAUCCCUAAGGAAGAGGUGAAGAGAGAGCCAGAAGAGAAACCCCCUGAAGGAUGCCCAGAGCACUCAGAGCGCGCGAAGAACACAAUGGAGAUAUCUGCUGAUUCUAGCCAACACACUCGUCACCACCACCGUCAUCAUCAAAAGAAUAUCGAAAAUACUGCUACCAAUGGAGUUGGCAGAGUUAUUACGUCGAGUUCAGAGAAGGAAAAUCAUAUCUCUCUUAGUACAUCGGUGACAAACAAGUUCAAGAGGUUCAGUCUUCUUAGUUUCUACACAAAAGAUUCAAUCUAUGAGACAGCUACUUCUACUCUGAAAAAGCGUUCAUCAUACGCUGGGGGCAAUUCUUCUCACGCUAAACACAGCCGAACAUCCAGUCGGACGGCUAGUAGGACUUCUAGAAGACCGUUAGAGCCGAGUAAUCUCUUGCCAAUGACAGCUGAAGAAUCCGUUGAGAACAGUGCAAACAACUCCAGAGUGGCCUCAAACUCAUCGAACAAGCCACACACUAGAGAGCCAUCAACAGCGAAAAGAGUGAUGGAUUUCUUUAGAAGAAGAAGCAUCAGAAUAUAA